UGACGUAUCCGAUGUGGCUUUACGUAAUAGCUACUUGGAAACAUAAAAAGAAUGUGUUAUAAUACACCAUCGACAGUCGACAGUCGUCCGUGGUGCAUUGUGAGGCACAUUUCAUGCCGCCGGUCGUGUCAAUUGUCAUGUUCCCGCUCAUAGCAGUGCUUGUGAUCAUUAUAGCUGGAUACGUUUUACUAUCUGUCACCAAACCAAAGGACUUCCCGCCAGGUCCAAAUUGGUAUCCAAUCUUCGGAUGCAGCACAAUAGUUCAGAAGUAUACGAAACUAUACGGAUCACAAUGGAAAGGACUGUCACAGUUGGCCAAAGAAUACUCUACGCAAGUUCUCGGUAUAAAGUUAGGCUUAGAACCAAUCGUGGUGGUAUUUGGAGAGAAUAAUAUAAGGAGAGUAUUCAUGGAGAAAGAAUUCGAAGGGAGGCCGAAUAGCUUCUUCAUAAGGCUGAGAUGUCUUGGCAAAAGGAUGGGUAUUACAUUUGCUGAUGGGGAGUUGUGGAGAGAGCACCGACAGUUCACGGUGAAACAUCUAAAAAACGUAGGCUUCGGCAAAACUGCGAUGGAAGCAGAGAUAAAGAAAGAGUUGCAAAGCAUACUAAACUACAUAAACGAACAUAAAAGCAAGCCUAUCAACCCAAAGACUAUUUUGGCAAUGUCAGUAAUGAACAUACUUUGGAAAUUUACCGCAGGUGAACGUAUAAAGGAGGAGCGUUUAAACUUCCUCUUGGAUUUAUUGAGUGCGCGAUCGAAAGCAUUCUCAAUGGCCGGCGGAUGGCUGAACCAGUGGCCGUGGGUCAGGUUCCUUCUACCUGAACUAAGUGGUUUUACGCUUAUUAAGCAAAUGAACCAGCAGAUAUCGGAUAUCAUUGAGGAAACUAUUGCGAAGCACAAAAAGAAAUCAAUAACUGGAGACGACUUCAUGUACAGUUUUUUGGAAGAGAUGAAUGAAAAAAAUAAUAAAAGUUAUACAGAAGAACAACUGAAGAUCAUUUGCCUCGACAUCCUCAUAGCUGGUUCUCAAACCACUAGUAAUGUUUUGGAAUUUGCCAUUUUGACAGUAUUGAGAAACAAAGUGAUACAAGAUAAGAUAUUUGACGAAAUAAGCAACAUAUUGGGUAAUGAAACUCCAUCUUGGGCAGACAGUUCUAGAUUAGUGUACACAAUGGCGUUUCUUUUAGAAAUACAAAGAUACUUUACUAUCGUCCCGCUAGCAGGACCAAGAAGACUGCUAGAAGAUGUUAAGAUGGAUGGUUUCUUAUUGCCCAAAGACACAACUGUCCUCAUCGCAGUCGGUGAUGUGCACUUUGACCCAGAUAUAUGGGACAACCCAAAUAAGUUCAUACCAGAGAGAUUUAUAGACGAUCAAGGGAAUAUUAAGAAUACAGAGCAUAUGUAUCCGUUUGGAAUAGGUCGUAGGCGAUGUCCCGGAGAUGCUCUCGCCAAGUCGUUUAUAUUCAUAGUGUUUGUGGGGCUUAUACAGGCUUACCGCGUACAGUGCAGCAACGGUGUUCUACCUUCAGAGGAGCCGAUAAUCGGAUUAAUAUCCAGCGCUAGACCUUUUACCGCUGAGUUCGUGCCGAGGCAGUAAUAUCCUGUAGAUAAUUAUUAGCUGAUAAAUACUUUAGCGUGAACACUC